CAUUCUUCUACUGUCGUUCUUGUUGUUGUUGUUGUCGUUGAUUCUGCGCCAAAUCGCAUGCAAGAACAUUGAUUCCAUAAUAAACAGUUUUUUUUAAAAAUUCUUAUUCGAUACGAUCAAUUGCGAACGUGCACCGUUUUCGUUCGGCCUGUGUGUGGUGUGUGGUUUGUUUGUUGUGCGAAGAGAUCUUGUGUGUUUGAUUAUUCGAAUAACUUUUGCUGUUGUGCGUACACUCUGACAAACGGAAAACGGACACCAAUCGAUGUUUCAGCCACUAUGAAACUAUGUAGUUGACCAGUUUUCAGUGUUUAUGUUUUGAAUUUGUUUCAUUUAAAAUUCCUUUAAAACGAAAAUCAAACAGAAAAAAAAGUUAAAUAAAGAAGGAAAAGAAAAAUUCAUAAAAAUAAUAAAAAAAAAAACAUACCGCAUGCAGGAAUUUCCAUUGAAAAAAUAAAGAAGCAAAAUAAUAACAUAAAAUAUAUCCAUGAACACGAAAUAGAAGAGUUUAUCAUAAUAUAAACGAGUUCAGUUCUGUUUUUUUUUUCUUCUCUCAUCUAAAUCAUCUUUCUCCAUCUUCCAAUCAUCUUUGGUGAACACACAUCAAAUGCGUAUGCAUGAGCGAAGGUGAGCGCGAGAGAGAAGCAGCACCAAGCACCAGCACCAGCAGCAGCAGCAGCAGCAGCCGCCGUAGCAGCAACAGAAACAGUAACAUCGAAAUCAUCCACCACUAGAGAGAUACAUAUAAAUAUAUAAUUUAGGGCAGAAAACGCGUAUAGUCAUCAUGAGUGCAAUUUAUGAAUUAGUUAUUUUGUUGGCAAUUUUAGCAACGAUCGUUGAAUCAAAAGGUUCCCAAAAAGUACAAUGCAGCGAAGAUCUUAUGAAAGUCGAUAUUGUUCUAUCGGAAGAAAAUAUCAAUCCAUCGGAUGUAUAUUUAGAAGGUUUGAAAGGAUAUCCAAAUCCAAGAUGCCAACCAACAAUUAAAGACGGUGUAGCCCAAUUCCAAUUGCCACUGCGUGACUUUUAUGAGUGUGGCGUUACACGAGUCGUCUAUAAACUUAAUGGCAAGAAAGUGUUCUAUCACAAAGUUAUAAUUGAAACACCGACGAGCAAAGAGUUCGUUAGCUUUAAAUGCAUUACAUCAGUGCCGUACAAUUUGACAAAGACACCGCACAACAUCACGAGACGCGAUGUGUUGCCCGUCGGUUUUGAGGAGCCAAUAGAAUUGGACAUUACACCAUUGCAAGAUUAUCAUGCGCCAAUUCCAAUUUUGGGCGUUGGUGUGCGGCAAGGCGGUGAGCUCGUUGACGGUGAAUUGAAUGUCAGCCCGGGCACACCACUCUCCAUGGAAAUCUAUUUAGACAAGAAUUCAGCGCCAGUGUACGGCUUGGGAGUGACUUACAUGCAAGUUACUGACACGAAAACACAAGAAGAAACCAUCAUUUUUAAUGGAUGUUCGGUUGAUCCAUUUUUGUUUGAAAAUUUUAACACGGUUGAUGGUGAUUUUUUGACGGCCAAAUUCCGUGCAUUCAAAUUCCCUGACUCAACGUACGUGCAAUUCCGUGGAACAGUCAACGCUUGCAUCGAUAAAUGCAAAGGUAUUCCAUGUAGCAACGGUCAAAUUGGCUAUGGACGACGAAAGCGAGAAAUUGCAUCACAAUCAGCCGAAUUGGAAUUCUCAAUGUCAACACUUAUUCGGGUGGUUGGCGAACCAGUGAGCAAAGAAAUUGCCAACGAUUUGGAUUCCAAAUUGGAACAAUUAAAAGCGACAAAUCAAAAAUUGCAGCGCAACAGUCGCGGAAGUGUGUUUCAAAGUAUCCAUGACAAUGAAUCGGCGUUAAUUCGUCGGUCCAGUUCCAGUGAUAUCGCCGAAGAGCCAAUUCAAAUUCGUGCUCAGGUCGAGAACUCAGCUCCCAAAUUAUUCACAAUCCAAAUUACGAUCGUCUCUCUUCUUUUUACCUUCGUCCGAUUGGCGUAACAAUAAUGAUAUUUAAAAACGCCCUGCUGAUUUAGAAGAAACAUCAGAAACAACAAAACAAAACAAAAAAAACGAAGCCCCUAGUAACCAAUUAAAUUGCAGCCCAUGAUAUGUUUUAUAAUUGACCCAUUUAUAAUCUAAUAUAUCUUUUUAAAAGUCAUAGAUUUUAAGUAUAUAUGUUAAAAACGAAACUAAUUGAAUAACAAGCAAAACAUUGAUUGUCCUAACCGUUAUACAAAAAAGAAGAAAAAGCAAAACAAACAAACGUGAUAUUGAUUCAUUUUGGCAUUUCGAUAGAACGAAUAAAAACGUCUGAUCACAAUAACAAACGAAA